AUGGGCAAAUCGAGUGCACUCAAGCGAGACGUGUUCUUUCGCAGUGCCAAGGAAGACGGUAAGCCACGACAAAGGAGGGUGUGUUCAUUUUCGCGGUACCGCUCCUGUUGCUGAUCUACGUGCCCCCCUCAUCGCAGGUUAUCGAGCUCGAUCAGCAUACAAGGUCCGCUCAAAUUGCUUCAAUCGCAUGUAUAACUUUACAGUCGCCGAAACAGUAUUGUCACUCUCUUCAACCAACAGCUCCUGCAUCUGGACGAGCAAUUUAACCUGUUUGAAGGCGUCGAGCGAUGUGUCGAUCUGUGUGCCGCGCCGGGCAGCUGGUCGCAGGUGUUGACCCAGAGGCUCAAGUAAGUGUGAUCUACAUGGACGCUACAAGACUGAUUUGACUAAUCGAAACGACUUCCGUUUCCGCAGCGAGAACAAGGAAGGCGAUCCCUCUGCGAAAGGAGCUACGAUCGUCGCCGUCGACCUGCAACCCAUGGUUCGUUUGGUCCCUCUGCACAGGCGCCAAGUCUUCUGACGCGAGAACUGACGAACCAAUCCAACUCAUCAGGCGCCUCUUCCCGGAGUAGUCCAAAUCGAAGGAGACAUCACCAAGAGCUCGACCGCGAACCAAAUCAUCGAUCAUUUCAAAGGUGGAUUGGCCGAUCUUGUCGUGUGCGACGGAGCUCCGGAUGGUGAGCCCAAGGCUGGAAGAAUUGGUAUCUGGCAUAGUUCUGAUCAGACUGCUUUCCGGUCUUGUAGUGACGGGUCUUCACGAUCUCGACGAGUUCGUUCAAGCGCAACUCCUUCUCGCGGUAAGUCGCCGAGAAGCAGAUUCGUCGUCUCCCGCUCUUAUAGUGUACUCAUCCUAUGACCAUCUUCCCAGGCCCUCAACAUCACCCUCCACGUUCUCCAACCGGGGGGAACGUUCGUCGCCAAGAUCUUCCGAGGCAGGGACGUGACCUUGCUCUACGACCAACUGCGGUGCUUCUUCGAAAACGUCACGUGCGCCAAACCUCGUAGUUCACGAAACAGCAGUAUGGGUGAGUGAGGGAACUUUUUCGCUUCGGUCAGUCGAUGGUUUCUAAUGCGUAUGACUGUCUCGGUAUCCAACUCCGUCAGAGGCCUUCGUCGUCUGCGAACGCUUCCGAAGCGGCUUCAACCCGGACCUCUCAAAGCCUUUGCUCGAUUUUUCCUACACACCUUCCGAUUUCAAACCGGACGGAGCAAAGAACGAACUGCUCGGCGAUAUGAGAUACAUCGCUCCCUUCGUCGCGUGUGGUGAUUUGAGGUGAGACAUUAGUGAACUCGGCCCCCGCCGUUCACUUUCGAAAUUAUGAUUCUAAACCGUUUCUUUUCACUCCCUUCAGUGGCUUUGAUUCCGAAACGCACUACGGCAACUCGUUCUCGUCGACUCUAUCCAAAGGCCCUAUCCAGCCACCGACUGCCCCACCAUAUCGCGAGUUCUUGCAGAAGCGACGGGCAGGAGAAUUUGACCAGCACUGA